AUGAAUGCCACGGAACCCGGAAGCGUUCUCGAAGCAGCAGGGAUUUUUGUUCAUUCAGGCUUCAGCGGUGUAACUCAGUUCCUGAUAACACACCCCUCUGGAUAUCGGACGCCUGAUAUUUCCUCUUUUACGUUGAAUCAAAGAGCGCAAAAAUGGCUGGUCGACUACCGGCUUGUGUUGUUGACUGUGGAACAGGGUACACAAAGCUUGGCUAUGCAGGAAACACAGAGCCCCAGUUCAUCAUGCCUUCAUGCAUUGCAAUCAAAGAGUCAGCGAAAGUUGGAGACCAGGCGCAGCGCAGGAUGAUGAAGGGAGUUGAUGAUCUGGACUUUUACAUUGGAGAUGAAGCCAUUGACAAACCAUCAUAUGCAACCAAGUGGCCGAUCCGUCAUGGGAUAGUGGAGGACUGGGAUCUGAUGGAAAGAUUUAUGGAGCAGAUCAUCUUCAAGUAUCUGCGGGCAGAACCUGAAGAUCAUUAUUUCCUGCUGACAGAGCCUCCCCUUAACACACCUGAGAACAGAGAGUACACCGCAGAGAUCAUGUUCGAGUCCUUCAAUGUCCCAGGCCUCUACAUUGCUGUUCAGGCUGUCCUGGCGCUGGCUGCCUCCUGGACAUCCAGACAGGUUGGAGAGCGGACGCUGACAGGAACCGUGAUUGACAGUGGAGACGGGGUCACGCAUGUCAUCCCGGUGGCUGAAGGCUACGUCAUCGGCAGCUGCAUUAAGCACAUCCCCAUCGCUGGGAGAGACAUCACUUACUUCACCCAGCAGCUGCUGAGGGAGCGAGAGGUGGGGAUACCUCCUGAGCAGUCGCUGGAGACGGCUAAAGCUGUAAAGGAGCGGUUCAGUUACGUUUGCCCCGACCUGGUCAAGGAGUUCAACAAGUACGACACAGAUGGCUCCAAGUGGCUCAAACAAUACACGGGCAUCAAUGCCAUCAGCAAGAAGGAGUUCACCAUUGAUGUUGGAUACGAGCGCUUCCUCGGGCCUGAGAUCUUUUUCCACCCAGAGUUUGCCAACCCAGACUUCACCCAGCCGAUCUCAGAGGUGGUGGAUGAAGUGAUCCAGAACUGCCCCAUUGAUGUCAGGCGUCCACUUUAUAAGAAUGUUGUGCUCUCCGGCGGCUCCACCAUGUUCAGGGACUUUGGCAGACGCCUGCAGAGGGACCUCAAGAGGACUGUGGACGCACGACUGAAAAUAAGCGAGGAGCUGAGCGGCGGCAAGUUGAAGCCAAAGCCCAUUGAUGUGCAAGUCAUCACUCAUCACAUGCAGAGGUACGCCGUGUGGUUCGGAGGAUCAAUGCUGGCAUCUACUCCGGAGUUCUACCAGGUGUGCCACACCAAGAAGGACUACGAGGAGAUCGGGCCGAGCAUCUGCCGCCACAACCCCGUGUUCGGAGUCAUGUCUUAGGCGUCACCUGAUUGCAUUCAGCAUAGGCCCGAGGGAAGAAAAAAAAACAAAAAAACGAAAAAAGUAAGAUGAAAGAACCGCAAGACCUCACAUUGCUGCGGAAGUCCCAUGAGCCUUUGCAAGGAUGCUCCAACAGGCCUGAACAAAGCAACAAUGGACCAAACCAGAAGAUGGAAGAGCAGCUGUGUCCUCACAUAUUAGAGGAAAUUAUUAGAGGUGACUCAUCCCAAAGGAUCCUCAGAUAAAAUGUUUACUGCAAGUAGGUUAAUAAUAGGUGAUGAAUCUUUUCAUUUCUGCGUGCCUCAUAUAUGAACUUGUAUAUCCUCACAGGGUUGUAAUUAAUCAACAUGAGUCCUGUAUAAAUGCAUCUCUGUGUAAAUGGGGUGGGUUCUUUCUAUGUGUUAUGUAGGAGUUACAUUAAAUCAUGUGUUUGAUCAUUAAGCCAUCAAACAGGUGCAAACAUAAAGACAUCAGAAAUGCUGAAAUUCACUCUAAUCUUUAAACGAUAUCACCCUCAUUACCUGGAGGAAA